AUCAAAGCAGGCCCCUCACAAUUCCUUCAAAAUCAAUCAAUUUUCUCAACAAUUCUUUCCUUCCUGCCUUCAUUCAUCUCCACCCAUCUACCACCAACACAUAUUUCUUUUGAUGAUUCUUUACUUUACAUACUAAAUAAAAUAAACGACCCAUGCCCGAAUGCCACUUUCGGAUCUUUGAUCCUUCUUCGUUUACUUUCUCUCUUCCAUACAUGCUGCAUAUAAUAUAAUUAAGUCAAAAUUUUUGUUACUUUUAUCGAUAUAUACACUCAAAGAUACAUACAUAUAGCGAGAAUUGGAACUUAUACUUCUUUCAAGUUUGGUGUUUGUUUCAUAAUUUAUCUUCAUGACUAAAAAGCUAACGACGCUGCAACGCUACCUGUCGGUGACACCCCAGAAACCUUGACUAGUUGAAUAUGCUUUUGCAGACUUGUUUUCCUGGCUAUGAGAAGGUGAUAUUUCAAGAAUUUUGAAGAUGGGUGAUAAUAGUGAAGACGAAGGUGAUGAGUUCUUUGAUGCCAAUGAUGUAAUGUAUGACUCGGGUUCUGAUUGUGAUUGUUCCACUUCUGGUUUUGGUUAUGAUUAUUGGGUUCGUAGGAAUUUGGAAUGUGUCGAUUCUAGACGUGAUAAGUUCCUGAGAUGCAUGGGUUUGAAUUCUAGAUGGCUUUUAAAAAAAGGUGAUCAAGAUGAUUACAAAAAUGAUGAUGAAGAUGAUUUUGUUGAUGCGAUAAGAGAUGACACCGAGUUUGUUUUGAGUGAAAAUUUGGAGUUUCAUGGUAAGUUUCAUUGUAGGCAGCUAUCUUUGUCUGAUUGGUCGAAUGAAUCUGUGAAGUCGGUAUCUUCUGUUUUUGUAAACGAUCGUCUUGUAGUCAAAACUGGAAAUUGUGAUGAAUCAAGUGAUGACAUUUUAUUGAAUGAAUCGGUUGGUUUCGGUGAAGAUGGUCUGGUUGAGAAGAAAGGUAAUUUAUGUUUGUCGUCACUAGGAGAAGGUGAAACCUUUAAUUUGUUGGCUAGGAGAAAGAAAAUGAAGAAGGGUUGGCUGCAAAAGCUAAAUGUCAUAGCUCGGAUUACAGAUAGACAUGACGAAACAAUGACUUUAAAGGCUAAUCACGUACAUUCAAAGGACGGUGUGUGUAUUCACUCUGUUCAUGUACGUGCACAUAAAAAGAAAUCGAAAGAGUUAUCAUCUGUUUAUGCCACACAAGAGUUUCCAGCACACCAUGGCUCAAUAUCUAUGAUAAAGUUCAGUCAUGAUGGUAGAUACUUGGCAAGUGCUGGUGAAGAUGGUAUUGUGCGCAUUUGGAAGAUUUUUGAAGAUCAAGAUCCAAAAAAUUAUGAUAUUCAAGGAACCGAUCCUUCAUCCUAUUACUUUUCGACUAACCAUCUCUCUGAAUUAGCCCCUCUUAAAGCAGAUAAAGAGAAAACACGUAAGAUUAAAGGUUUUGCUAAAUCAUCAGAACUGGCUUGUGUUAUUUUGCCACCUAAAGUCUUCAGAAUUUUGGAGAAACCUGUGCAAGAAUUCCAUGGUCAUGGUGGUGAGAUCUUGUCCCUCUCAUGGUCUAGAAACAGGCAUCUUCUAUCAUCUUCUGUUGAUAAUACGGUUCGUAUGUGGAAACUUGGGCAUCAUGAAUGCCUAAAAGUCUUUACUCAUAACAACUAUGUGACGUGUGUUGAGUUUAAUCCUGUGGAUGAUAACUGUUUCAUUAGCGGCUCCAUAGAUGGAAAAGUACGCAUCUGGGAUUGUCAUAAUUGUCAGGUUGUUGAUUGGAUCGAUCUUGGCGAUAUUGUCACAGCUGUAUGUUAUAAUCCAGAUGGGAAGGGAAGCAUUGUUGGUACCUUAGACGGGAAAUGCAGUUUCUAUGAUAUAAUUGAUGAUCGGAUGCAAUUGCAUACUCAAAUAUGCUCAUUGAGUAAAAAGAAGUGGCCUAAGCGAAUAACUGGAUUUCAGUUUUGCCCGACUGACUCCAGGAAAGUCAUGGUUUCAUCAGCUGAUUCACAAGUGAGAAUCCUUUGCGGGGUCAACCUUGUUUGCAAAUUUAAGGGGAAUAAAAGUUCAGGAAGCCAAAUGUCAGCAACCUUUACAUCUGAUGGAAAACACAUAAUUUCAGCCGCGGAUGACUCAAACGUAUACGUGUGGAAUCACAUUAGCCCUGAUAAGCUCUUUACAAAACCCAAAAGCAACUUAUCAUAUGAAAAUUUCUUGUCACACAACGCUACAAUGGCCAUACCAUGGUGUGGUAUUAAAAGCAUAGCAGCAGCACUUCCAUCUCCAAGACUUGUGUUAAAUAAUAACUUAAAUAACAAUAACACAGUUCUCCCAAGGAGCACAAUCGAUUCACCCAGAAUGCCAUCACCAUCAGCCAAUCGUGGGUUCUUCUUGGAGUCGUUGCUGAAGGGUCUACCAACAUGGCCGGCUGAGAAACUUCAGGAUUUAACUCAAGUUAGUGUGUCACCUUCAAUGCGUAAAUCAGAAUACAAAUUCUUGAAAAAUGCCUAUAGGAGCACUUUUGUUGCUCCACACAUGUGGGGUCUGGUGAUUGUUGCAGCGGGUUGGGAUGGACGGAUUAGGACGUAUUUGAAUUACGGAUUACCUCUCAGGUUGUGAAACCUAAAACCAUCUUCUUUGAGUAGAUAGACCAUUUUGUAUCAAGAUUGAGACUACACCUAUACUUAUACAGUUAUACUUGGUGAAUAUAUUUAAAACACACGAAUCUUGUUUCUGAUGGAAACUUGAUGUGGCAUGCGUUUUUGUUUUGUUCUUUAUUUUCUUUCAUCUUUUUUC